CCAUAAGAGAUAUUCUGGCACCUUUUAGAUUAAAACAAAUUAUCUGAAAUCAGUUGUCCAAGCUUUCCACAUGACAUCUGCAAUGCUAAUGAGUUCUGUGAUUUUGGGUAAUGUCUCAUUUCAAAACAUGAUCUACGGGAGCUUCCAUUAUUUCUUCAAUAUCUUAGUCAUCUCAGGAAAAACAUUAAAUCUGCAACAAUUCCCAAGUCUGCCACUUGAAAGAUUGGGGUUUCUAGAUUCUUGUUAAUAGCCACAAUUGUCUUGCUGGUUUUUUAAGCAUUGGGUUGAUCUAGCUAAAUUAGGUUCCAGAUACUUCCACCAUGAUAUACAGGCCUGAUAAUACAUUUCAUGAGUCAGUCAGAUGCAGAUACAAAAUACAUUUUCAAACCCUAGAGGAAAUACUGUCAGGGUUACAGAUAGAUGAUUAGGGCUAAUUCUGUGCUUAGCUAGAAAGUCAUUUUCUUUUAGAAAUUAAUAAUUGGACAAUGGCUCUCCCUGGAGUAUCUAUUCAAAGAACUUUCUAAUUAUCUUGUUAUUUAUUGAUUGGCAGAGCAGGGCUCUCAUUAUCCAUAUGUAUCAAGGGACUUUCACCUUCAGCAACGAAGUGUAAAGACUGGGAAAUUUAGAUAAUCUGUCUAUUCACGAUUGAUACUGAUGAUUUCUUUUAACAUAGCCUAGUCACCUGAGGACAAAGCAGCCAAUAGGAAUUCUGGGGGUAUUCUGAUUCUUGGCUGGUAGGUCAUAAUGGGCAAUUUAAGGAGGACCCCUUUGCUCAGCUGAACAACUCAAGAUGGCCUCAAUGCUUGCGCUUGUGGAACAUCCAUCUACUGUUACGGCUAAGACCUCUAACAGCAGUCAGACAUUGUCAUCUUGCCAUAACAUGGAACCGUGUUCAUCGGAUGAAUUUUUCCAGGCUCUUAACCAUGCUGAACAAACAUUUAAAAAGAUGGAAAAUUAUUUGAGACACAAACAGUUAUGUGAUGUGAUUUUAGUUGCUGGUGAUCGAAGGAUUCCAGCUCACAGAUUGGUACUCUCUGCUGUGUCUGAUUAUUUUGCUGCCAUGUUUACUAAUGAUGUAAGGGAAGCAAGACAAGAAGAAAUCAAAAUGGAAGGUGUAGAGCCAAAUUCACUUUGGGCUUUGGUUCAGUAUGCAUAUACAGGUCAUCUUGAAUUAAAGGAAGAUAAUAUUGAGUGCCUGUUAUCUACAGCUUGCCUUCUUCAGCUGUCUCAGGUUGUAGAAGCAUGUUGCAAGUUCUUAAUGAAACAACUCCACCCCUCCAACUGCCUUGGAAUUCGUUCUUUUGCUGAUGCACAAGGUUGUACAGAUUUGCACAAAGUGGCUCACAACUAUACUAUGGAGCAUUUCAUGGAAGUAAUAAGAAACCAAGAAUUUGUAUUAUUACCAGCUAAUGAAAUUGCAAAGCUCUUAGCGAGUGAUGAUAUGAAUAUACCUAAUGAAGAGACAAUACUAAACGCACUACUUACAUGGGUCCGUCAUGAUUUAGAGCAGAGACAAAAAGAUCUCAGUAAACUUUUGGCUUAUAUUAGGCUACCUCUUCUUGCUCCACAGUUCCUUGCUGACAUGGAAAAUAAUACGCUCUUUCGUGAUGACAUUGAAUGUCAGAAACUCAUCAUGGAAGCGAUGAAAUACCAUUUGUUGCCAGAAAGACGGCCCAUGUUACAAAGUCCUCGCACAAAACCUAGAAAGUCAACUGUUGGCACAUUAUUUGCAGUUGGAGGAAUGGAUUCAACAAAAGGAGCAACAAGCAUCGAAAAAUAUGAUCUCCGUACAAACAUGUGGACUCCAGUAGCCAAUAUGAACGGACGGAGACUCCAGUUUGGCGUUGCAGUCCUGGAUGAUAAGCUCUACGUUGUUGGGGGUAGAGACGGACUGAAGACUUUGAAUACUGUAGAGUGUUACAAUCCCAAAACAAAAACCUGGAGUGUGAUGCCACCCAUGUCCACUCACCGGCAUGGCCUCGGUGUAGCUGUAUUAGAAGGUCCUAUGUACGCUGUGGGGGGGCAUGACGGCUGGAGCUACCUGAACACGGUGGAGAGGUGGGACCCCCAAGCUCGUCAGUGGAAUUUCGUCGCCAGCAUGUCCAUGCCCAGGAGCACAGUUGGUGUCGCAGUGUUAAGUGGAAAACUGUAUGCUGUCGGGGGCCGUGAUGGAAGUUCGUGUCUCAAGUCUGUAGAGUGCUUUGACCCCCACACGAACAAGUGGACCCUCUGUGCCCAGAUGUCCAAGAGGAGGGGUGGCGUCGGAGUGACCACCUGGAACGGGCUGCUGUACGCCAUAGGGGGGCACGAUGCCCCUGCCUCCAACCUGACCUCCAGGCUCUCGGACUGUGUGGAAAGAUAUGAUCCUAAAACUGAUAUGUGGACUUCAGUUGCAUCUAUGAGCAUUAGUAGAGAUGCAGUUGGAGUAUGUUUACUUGGUGACAAAUUGUAUGCAGUUGGAGGAUAUGAUGGACAAACUUACCUUAACACAGUGGAGGCCUAUGAUCCCCAAACAAAUGAAUGGAUGCAGGUUGCACCGUUGUGCCUAGGAAGAGCUGGGGCAUGUGUUGUGACUGUAAAACUCUAAUUAUUUUAUCCAUGAAGAUAUCCUUCUCCUCCUUUAUCAGAUCCUAAGACAAAUGGAUUACAUUUUAAGGAAAUUUAAGGAAAAUGCAGCCUGAAUUCUGUCAGGUAGAAGGCAUCUAUCUGACGUGAAGUUGAAAAUGAAUAAAGGGAGGGAGAAAUAAAUAUUUAAGCACCUUUAAAAAAUAAUAUUCCAUCAUUCUCUUGAGAAACAUAAUACAGGUAAACCGAUUUGAAAUCUAAUUGUCAGCUUAACUUCCACACAGAAACAAAUGCAAUCGAGAAUUUUGUUUAUUCCUAGCUGGACAUGCUUUACAAACCAUGACCUGAGUAGUACUUUUUUUCAUAAUGCAAACAUACCAAGCGGAAGAGCUCGCAACGCCUCUGCCUUGUAACUGAAUAUAUAUGCAUAUGCAUCCUGCUGACUGGAUGGAUGGCACUUUUUCAUCAUACCUGAGGUUCAGAAACUUUUUUUAUUUAGCCAAAGCCUCAGCAGCAGCUCGUGCUAAACAAUAUUCUAACUAAUAUUUUUGAAAAGAACUUUCUUAUAUAUGCACUAGAUGGGAACUUUAUAAAAAAAAAGUUCAUUUAUUCCACUUAGCCAAUAAAAAUGUCUAAAAACCCAAUAAAACUAUAAUAUGGACUUUUGGAGGAAUAAGAGUUACAUAUUAUGUUUGCAGAAUGCACUUGAAUCAUGAUUUUGUAGACAUGAAAUACAAUCUUAUUUGGGGGAAAAAAUGUGUAUUUCCUAUAUUACUCCUCCAUACAUGACAGAUAACCAAUCAUAAGGCAAUCGUCUCAAAUAUCGGGAUGGAGUAGUUUUUCCCCCUCUUACUACAGGUAGUAACUGCUUUUUGAUUUAUAUUUUGAUAUUAUUAUAAGUAAAUUACUUUGUUGUUUCAUGUAUUUUUUUUUAUAUUUGUAUUUGCUUCUUGUGCCUUGUUACGUUCUGCCACUAUAAAUAUAUAUAUAUAUAUAUAUAUAUAUAUAAACUCAUUAUUGUACUUCAUUGUAAAAGACAAUUUGAAAGAACAUUCCAUAUCUGAUUGGAAGAUUUUUUUAAGGUGCCUGAUGCCUACAGUAUUUGUAUAUCUGUAAACUAAAGUACAUAUGUGAAUUGUUCAUGCUUUCAGUGAAUUAUUUAUUUAUUGUUGUUUACCCAAAAAAAAGAGAAAAUUUUGUGAUGUUUGUGAUAAAAAGCUUCAUCUCUUAAUGUAAUGAUCAAUAUUGAGUAUUAACUAAAAAAACUUUUUAAAUAAAAUUUUACGGUUAACAUGCUUUCU